AUGGCUUGUAAAAAAUAUUGGAUUGGUAUGUUUAGUGGAUGCUCAAUUGGGGUUUAUACAGAUGAACAUGAUGCAUAUUUAUGUGGAGAAAUGAAGAAACGUGUUUUAAAUGAACUGACAACUAUUGAUAUUAUAUAUGAAGAAGAAAUAGCAAAAGGGGCACUUAGUGCUGUUGAUGUUGUUACAUUUCCUACAAAUCAAGAAAUCUCGGAGUGA